GAUACAACAGUACGGGCGAAAGAGGGGAGAGAGAGGAGAAGAAGAAGGAAUCAGUGUCGAAGCAUCUCAGCUCUCGUUCUCCGGUAAAUGAAAUCUCCAUCGAACCCCCGACGGUGACGACCUUUUGACAUUUUUUCGUUACUCUCUUUUCUUUUCGCUCUCUGUGUGUAGAAAGGUUGGUUAGGUGAGAGAGUUUUAACUUAACUUCACUGUACACCAAAUCCCUAAAAAAAAAAAAGAGAAGGUGCUUCACAUGGACAUGUAUGGACGCACUCCGCCCUCCCAAUCUGCACAUGGAAAUGCUGACACCGGACUCGAAGAAUCGAUGUGGCGAUUAGGGUUGGGUAGUGAGACGUACCCAGAGAGACCAGCAGCCCCUGACUGUCCCUACUACAUGCGUACUGGUGUCUGUGGUUACGGUUCUCGAUGCCGUUACAAUCAUCCUCCCGAUCGUGCCACGGUUGAAGCAACUGUUAGAGCUACAGGGCAGUAUCCAGAACGCAUUGGUGAACCCCCAUGUCAGUUUUAUUUGAAAACUGGAACGUGUAAAUAUGGGGCGUCAUGCAAAUUCAACCAUCCAAGGAAUGCUGGUGGAUCCAUGAGCCACGUUUCUCUCAAUAUCUAUGGAUACCCUGUACGAGAGGGUGGUGAGAAAGAAUGCUCCUACUAUUUGAAAACGGGGCAGUGCAAAUUUGGAAUAACCUGUAAAUUUCAUCAUCCUCAGCCUGCUCCUGCUGCUGCAACACCACCGCCACCAGCAUCUGCACCUCAGUUUUAUCCAUCGUUGCAGCAGCAGUCACUUAUGCCCGGAGCUCCAUCCUCUAGCUUGAGAGUUGCCAGAACUCUUCUUCCUGGUUCUUAUAUGCAAGGCGCCUAUGGUCCUAUGCUAUUAUCCCCAGGAGUCCUUCCUAUGCAGGGCUGGAGUCCUUACUCGGCACCUGUGAGCCCCGCUCUAUCUCCUGGGGCAACUUCUUUGUACGGAGUUCCACAGCUCUCUUCCACCACUCCUUCCCUUCCCGGGGUUUAUCCAUCUCUUCCUUCUCCUACACAUAGCUUUCCAGAGAGACCCGGGGAGUUAGAGUGCCAGUACUAUCUGAAAACAGGUGAUUGUAAAUUUGGAACAUCUUGCAAGUUCCACCAUCCUCGACAUCGGGUUCCACCAAGUGCUAACUGUAACCUCAGCCCCAUUGGUCUUCCUCUACGCCCGGGUGUGCAAGGCUGCACUUUCUACAUACAAAACGGUUUCUGCAAGUUUGGAUCAACAUGUAAAUUUGAUCAUCCAACGGGAUACAAUGCUUCUUCGUCCUCACUCCCUGAUGCACCGGUGAGCACUCUCUUGGGUGCUCCUUCAUCGACCGGGCUCUUAUCUGGGGCUACAAGAAGCACAUCUAACAUCUCGGCAGGUUUGAUUUUCUCCCAGAGCGGCGGCUCAAUUCCCUUCUCUGACCUACAACUCUCGAGCCAGACCUCUCUUCCUCUAACUGGUAGCAGAAUCACAAGACAUGGCCGAGAAAUCCGUCGAUCCUUUUGAAUUGAUCACCUCCAGAGAAAAAGGGUACGCAGACGCAGGACUCUGGAUCCUCUUUUGCAAUUCUUAAUCUAUAUCAUCAUUAUUAUUGUUUAUAUAGAAGCAUGUGGUGUUAAUUUAUAUAUAUAUAUAUAUAUAUAAUGUCCGGACGUAACAAAAUCGCCUAUUUGAGUAUAAGAACUGAAUGAGAAUCGCAUAUAUAAGAGGAAGUGUGUAUAUAUGUGCACAUUUCAAAA